GGCCGUUGUGCAUAAAAGGGCCCCCACACAAUCAGGCAGGCACCGAUCUUCCCAUUCAGCAGUGUCAGAGUGGGCAAAGAGGGUAGCCAGGCUCAUCCAGAGCACCUCAGCCUCCUCCGCAACCAGUGAGCUGCAGCCACCCCUCUGGGUGUCUCAGACUCUUCUUUCUGGCGAUGGACUCCUAUCUGAUCCAGGUGAACAGCAACACUGCCCUGCCCUCCCUCCUGGAUGUCCACGUCAACCUCUGUGGAAAGGGCAGCUCUUUAGGCAAAGCAAAAGGCCGCAAGCCCCACUGGGCAGUCCGGGCCUCUGACAUGUCCAAGAGAACGUUCAACCCCAUCCGAGCAAUAGUGGAUAGCAUGAAAGUGGAGCCCAAUCCUCAGAAGCCGCUCAUCUCAUUGUCCAUAGGAGACCCAACCGUCUUUGGGAACCUUCCUACAGACAGCGAGGUCACAGAGGCAGUGAAGGAAGCUCUUAACUCGGGGAGAUACGAUGGCUACGCACCUUCUGUGGGGUAUCUAUCUUGCAGAGAGGUGGUUGCAGGCUACUACAGCUCCCCAGAGGCCCCUCUGGAAGCACAGGACGUGAUCCUGACCAGUGGCUGCAGCCAGGCCAUCGAACUGGCCCUCACUGUGCUGGCCAACCCUGGGCAGAAUGUCCUGGUGCCACGUCCUGGCUUUUCCCUCUACAAGACCUUAGCUCAUUCCCUGGGGAUUGAGGUCAAGUUCUACAACCUCUUGCCAGAGAAGUCCUGGGAAAUUGACCUGAAACAAAUGGAGUCACUGGUGGAUGACAAGACAGCUUGCCUGAUUGUGAACAACCCGUCUAACCCCUGUGGCUCUGUCUUUAGCAGAAGCCACCUCCAGAAGAUCUUGGCAGUGGCCUCUAGGCAAUGCAUCCCCAUCCUGGCUGAUGAAAUCUACGCAGAUAUGGUGUUUGAAGGCUGCAAAUAUGAGUCCCUUGCCAAACUCAGCACCAAUGUGCCCAUUCUGUCAUGUGGAGGCCUAGCCAAGCGGUGGCUGGUGCCAGGCUGGAGAAUGGGCUGGAUCCUUAUACAUGAUCGCCGGGACAUCUUUGGAAAGGAGAUCAGGGACGGCCUCCUGAGGCUGAGUCAGCGCAUCCUGGGACCCUGCACGGUCGUCCAGGGAGCUCUCGGACGCAUCCUCCACCAAACCUCCUCUGAAUUCUACCACAAUACACUCAGCUUUCUUAAGUCCAACGCUGCCCUCUGCUACACGGCCCUUUCUGCUGUCUGCGGCCUGCGGCCUGUUAAGCCCUCAGGAGCCAUGUAUCUCAUGGUGGGAAUUGAGAUGGAGCACUUCCCAGAGUUUGAGAAUGAUGUGGAGUUCACUGAGAGACUCAUUGCUGAGCAGUCUGUCUUCUGUCUGCCAGCGACGUGCUUUGAGUACCCCAACUUCUUCCGGGUGGUGAUCACGGUGCCUGAAGAGAUGAUGGUGGAGGCCUGCCAGCGCAUCCAGCGGUUCUGCCAGAGGCACUACCAAGGAGGGGAGGGAGCCCAGGACCUGGAAUGCGACAAGUAGCCUCAGGCGCCCACCCUGUUCCUCCACUCCACCCGCCUUGAGCCAAGCUCCUACGGGCUCUGUCACACCCACUCAGCACAGUGCCUCGGCACCGUGACUGGGUGCUGGGGCUGUGACGCUUUCCUGCAACACACAGCCAGUGUUAUUUGUCCAGGUGCGACCCCUCCAUCAGCCUCAACACACAGCUUUGAGCAAGCCCCCAGUGACACUCCUCCUCUUCAAGCAUCCACCUUCAGCAGCCUGCCACCCAUCCCACCGGGUGCUUCCGGCAUAUAGAAAGCUUGCAGGAGCCACGAGGAGCCCUCCCAUGCCC